AGUCCCAUCCAGUGUGGGCGGGACUUCCGGCUGUAACCGCUGGCAGGGUUUGUACACGAAGUUGGGAUCUGCUGAGGUUGGGAUGGUGUUGCUGGAGAGCGAGCAGUUCCUGACGGAGCUGACCAGGCUCUUCCAGAAGUGCCGGUCUUCGGGCAGCGUGUUUAUCACCUUGAAGAAAUAUGAUGGUCGCACCAAACCCACUCCACGGAAGGGUUCCGUGGAGGGCGUGGAGCCCGCAGAAAACAAGUGUCUGUUGAGGGCCACCGAUGGGAAAAAGAAGAUCAGCACCGUGGUGAGCUCCAAAGAAGUGAAUAAGUUUCAGAUGGCGUAUUCAAACCUGCUGAGAGCUAACAUGGAUGGGCUGAAGAAGAGGGACAAGAAAAACAAGAGUAAGAAGACCAAACCAGCACAGUGAAGGGCACUGGCUUCACCUAACCACAGAACUGCUAUUGGCUAUUGUUUUUGUGAUUUUGGUCAUAAGUUAGACUUUUGGUCCCCCACCAUAAGUAACUGCUUACAUGUAAGGUCAUUUUGGAGAGGGGCUGGGAUGUUCAUAGGGCAGUUGUGGUAAGAAGCCAGUUUAUUUUACAUAUUUGUUGCAUGGCCGAAUGUUCCUGGAUUACAGCUUUAAAGAGCCUCUGUAGUCAUCUCUGAAGAGCUGUGUAUCAUUAAACCUAUCAGCAUUUGCUGUCCCUUA